AUGAGUCGGCAGAUUCAACAGUCAAUCGAAUGCAUAUUCAAAAACAACCAGAAAUGGGUGUCAUCCAAGAAGGAAGAGGACCCCGCUUUCUUUGAGAAGCUCGCGGCGGGACAAACACCAGAUUACCUAUAUAUAGGCUGCAGCGACAGUCGCGUGCCCGCUAACGAGAUCAUGGGCCUUGAAGCCGGCGAGGUUUUUGUUCACCGCAACAUUGCCAACCUUGUGCCCAACAUCGACCUCAAUGUUAUGUCGGUAGUCAAUUAUGCGGUGCGACACCUGGGCGUAAAGCAUAUUAUCGUAUGCGGCCACUACAAUUGCGGAGGCGUCAAAGCCGCUCUGACACCAGACGAUAUGGGUCUACUCAAUCCCUGGCUCCGCAACAUCCGAGAUGUGUACCGCCUACAUGAGAACGAACUCGACAAAAUCACCGACGACAACCAAAGAUAUAAUCGACUAGUCGAGCUCAACGUGAUCGAGUCGUGCAGAAACGUCAUCAAAACGGCCGCUGUCCAGCAAUGUUAUCGUGAUCAUCAGUACCCGAUUGUUCACGGCUUUGUAUUCGAUCUACGUGACGGGCUGCUUAGAGACCUCCACAUCGAUUUCGAGAACAUGUUGGAGGAUGUGAUGAAGAUCUACCAUCUGUCCUCACACUCUGCUCACUCGGAGACCUCCGGAGGAGCGUAA